UUUAGAUAUGAGGACAUCCACCAUUAUAUUUACAACAAUUAUUGCUUUUUGCCUUCUCGCUAAUGCACUUGCAACUAGCUGUGAUACCUUGCGAGUUGGGACUGAAAAAGGAGCGACCGACGUGAUGCUCAGUGGAACUCCUACUGAUAAAUACAAGCAGUUUAGGAGAAUUAGAGAUGAAGAUGAUGUAGAGGUCAAGUCUAACAUCGAUGAGAGCACAUUCUUCCUCUCAGGUAUCACCCUUCACGAUGACCCUAGUGUGGAUGUUGAGGUAGCUAGAGGGAAACUUACAACUGUUAGUUCUAAGGUCUCCUCUAUUGGAGAUGAUAAAGAUCAAUUUAAGAUUGCUCUGACCUACGACUGCACAACGGAUUUGACUGGAGUGACUGAUGUCUGGCUGAAACUUACUCUUGAUGGAGAGAGCUGUACUACUAUAGGAAUUAGAAAGAAAUGCGGAGGAAGUUAUGCUUAUGCUCCAAUUGAAAUCUCAGAGACAUCUUAUUGGGGAUUAAAGAAGAAUGUGCUCACUGAUAAUGGAGGAGCUUCAAAUUAUCCUGAGAAUUUGUUUGAUGAAAGCGGCGAUAAGUCUGUCAUUAAGAAGAGCAAAGGAAGUUUGAAAUUUAGAGUUCAGAAUACAGCACCUACAGGUUCAGGAACGAGUGUCGAGAUGGAUCCUCCAAUCGUGAGAGUAUCAAACGAAGCUGAGAGUGUUGUCUAUCCCGUCCUUAGAGGUCCAGGAGCCAGAUCCCAUAUCUUAGAGCCAGGAGAAUACACUGAUUUCAAGCUAGAAUUUAAUUGUAUCAGUCUCGAUACUGAAGCUGAGACUGUUGAACUUCAGUUUAGGCCUGCUUUCCACUCGAAUUAUGUAUUCAAAGUAACAAAGGAAUGAGAAGGACUCACCACCACUGGUUUGAUCAAGAAGAAAUUCCAGGACUCAUUCGUAUUUGAUUUCUUUGCCUUACUCUUCCUCAGUAUCAUCAUCCUGGCAGUAUUGACAGUCUUGAUGCGUGUAUAUGGGAACUAUCAAGAAAAGAAUGGAGAGGAUUCAAUUAAAAAAUUCUUCAAAAGUGUUUCUAACAGGGUAAAAUCUGGAUUCCAAUUUGAAGAGGAUACCCAACUUGAGAUGGAUGAGGUAGAGGAAACACAUAUGAGCGCUGAUUACGAGUUCGAUCCAGAUGAUGUCCUCAAAACUAACAGCAAAAAAGAAAAUAAUGACGACAGCUUCAACUCAGAAGUGAGAGUUAAUUUUGGAAGAGAUGAAGAGAAUAAUCCGAGCCAUGAACUCUCUGAGAUCAACAAGCAAGAAGAGGAAACGCCAAGUAGUGCUUAUGGAGCAGUCUAAUUAUAUAAAACAUUCAAUUUA